AUGGUCUAUGCCAGACUUGCCCGAAACUUACUGGUAUACGCGACCGGACUUUCUGCCAUACACGCCUACCUCGUUCGGCUGGGCCCAAAGAAAGUUGCAAUCGGUGAAGGCUACCAUGGGACUCAUGCUGUUCUUGACAUACACCAUCGUCUGGCCGGUACCGUUAAAGUCGGACUGGAUCAGUUGGACCAACUUGAGCCUGGAGACGCUAUACAUCUUGAAACUCCAUUUAAUCCAACCGGUGAAGCGCGGAAUAUUGCUGUUUACGCAAAAGUCGCCAAAGAGAGGAACAUCUAUCUAGUGGUUGAUUCCACAUUUGGGCCACCAGCUUUGCAAGACCCUUUUUUGUGGGGUGCCGAUAUCUUCAUCCAUAGCGGCACCAAGUAUAUCGGUGAACACAGUGACAUGAUGUGCGGUAUAUUGGCUGUACAGCGAGAAGAUCUCUUUGUGGGUCUGUGGGAGGACCGCUGCGCGCUAGGCAAUGUCCUCGGCGGGUUUGAAUCUUGGCUCGGCAUUCGAAGCUUACGUACUUUGGACAUCCGCUGCCGCAGGCAAAGCGAAAAUUGCACCGCCCUUUUUGCAUGGAUAGCGGGCAAGAUGAAAGACACCAGAGUGAAUGAGGUCAAUUCAACUGUGCAGCACAUUUCACAUGCCAGUCUUCAAUCCUCCGAUAUGCACUGGCUUCAAAAGCAAAUGCCUAACGGAUUUGGCCCGGUUUUCGGCCUAGUCAUGAAAAGUGAGAAGUGCGCGAAGUGGCUCCAGAGUAAACUCCGCAUAUUCCAACACGCAACCAGUCUUGGGGGUAUGGAAAGCUUGAUUGAAUGGAGGAAGAUGUCGGACCAUUCCGCAGAGGGUGACGUUCUCCGCGUCAGUGUGGAUAUUGAAACAUUGGAUGAUCUCCAAAAGACUUGUCAAAUGGAUUCAAAGCCAUAA